AUGCCUCCUCGCGACCAACGCGUGAUUCCCAAGGCUUGCUCCAAUUGUCGACGCAAGAAGAUCCGCUGCGAUCUCACAAAGCCAGCAUGUCGCAACUGCACGCAGGUCUACCAUGUGGACUGCAUAUACGAUGCCUCUCUCUCCUAUCGUUCUGCAGAAGUGCUGCUCGCCCGUGUUGCAAAAGCAGAGGGUCUUCUCGACAUGCUUUCAGAGAACCCCGAUUCGCUGCCAACCGUGCUCUCACAGUGGCAGUCUAGCAGAGCAGCACGUGCCGACAUCAACCGCGCUACCAAUCUCGAUCCUUCUACCAGCAUGAUCACCGCUCACCAGCAAUCCGCUUCUCCGCUCUCGCCAAGCUCAUCGACGCCGCACGCUCGACUUGCUUCCGCCUCUUCCAAUGCGUCUGACGCUGCUGCCUUUACUACUCCUCCCCACCCUCCCCUCCCCAGCUUUCGCAGACCCGACUCGGACUCAGACCUCGACGAGCAGAUGCGAUUCAUUCGCCAGCUACCACUCAACCUCAUCGAUCAUCUUCAGUACAUCCACUGGACAUGGCAAUGGCCCAUCCACUGCUUUGCCGACCGGGAUGCUACCAUACAAGAUCUCGCGCGUAUCCACACGGAUCCGCCUCGCUAUGCUUCUCCCCUCUUGCUCCUCACCAUGCUCGCACACGCAGCCCGCUUUUCCAACAGGGUCGUCGUCCAGACUUCGGCUCCCACAGAUUCCUUCAAGAUGGGCGGCAUCUUUCUCACCCGAGCCAAACAGUUGCUCUACAAGCAGCUCGAUGCUCCUCCAACCCUCUCCGACACCGCUGCCAUCCUCAUGAUGGCCAGCAGACAGGUCGCAUGCGGCUCGUUCACCCAAGCAUGGGUUUACUCUGGCAUGGCCAUCCGUAUGAUCGAAGAUAUGGGCAUUCCAGCCAUGGCAGCCUCCAUCGCUUCUUCCUCCAACCAGAUGCAAGCUUUGAAGGAUCCAGAGACUCGGCGCGCCUGGCGUCUGUUCUGGAGCGGCUUUACCUUUGACAAGACGCUUGCCUUUGGACUCGGUCGCAAACCGGCCCUCACCUGGUCCGGAGAGAUCAAGAGCAUCUGGCUCGGACAGCCGACGCGCGAUGCCUCGCCUUCCUGGCCUGAAACAUCCCAAGCUUCCACUGUGCACGACCCGUCCGGUCUCAAGAUCCCCGUUAUGGCAGCCAUCACCGACAAGUCUGAGGCGAGUUCCGACGAGCCCGUCAUGGGCCGUACCUCGCACUAUCCAUACGAGACAUUUGGCAAUUGGUGUUCGCUUUCGGCACUCCUUGGAGAGAUCCUCGAGCUCAGCACGCGUUCGCACGGCCAAAGCACAAAUGCAGACACUCGAUCUGCGAUAUUGAGUCUUCGACAUCGCCUCUCGCAAUGGAGGCACGACCUGCCAGACCACAUUGGCAUCUCGGAUCCAUCUCGCGAACCUGCCAGUCGUCCUCCCAACAUCAUGGCGCUCAACAUGAUCUACCAAACUUGCCGCAUCCUCGUACACAGCAGCGGACGCAGUGGCCCGGCCGCAUCCGCCUCGAUGCGUAUCGACAACCUGGUCGACGACAGUCCCAAUCACGACCAGUCCGCUCACAUCGACGCUGAUGGCCAGGAUGAUCAAGUCUGCCGAGCUGCAGCUAUCGAGAUUCAUGCCUUGUUGGAGAUGUGGUCGCGCUCCUUUGCCUUUGACCGCAUGACGUGGCUCAUUGGCUGCUGCGUCUACACUGGCGCCGUCGUCAAUGCGCAGGACGUCCGCCAUCCUAACCUCGACACCGCACGCCAAGCUGCAUCCAGGCUCAACUUUGCUUCUUACGCGCUCGGCAUCUCGGCGAGCUUCACCCCUGGCAUUCGUAAGAGCACGUCGGCGCUCCUCGAGUUUGCUGAGCGCAUCAAUGCCGAGCAUCGAUCCCGUUCUCACAAGCUUUCCACUGCGGGCUCGGACUACGUCGAGGACGGCUUGAACGCUACGAGCCCUUCGGUACAUUCAACUGCCUCGUGGAACAUCAGCGAGAGUUCACCUGCCAACGAUGACAGAAGGCAAACCAGCGCCAUGCCAGCUGAAGCCCCUCGAAGUCAACAAAAGCGCAAAGCGCGUGUCGCUCCGGGCCAGCCUGCACAGAAACGGUCUUCAGAAGCUGUCAAGCCUCCGCUUCCAAACAACGGUCUCGACAGUCAAUACCAAGGACAGUGGAAUCUGGGCACCGUCGAUCUCGACACCAUGUUCAAAGAGGUUUUGGAUGCCGAGACUGGCCACCAGGAUCCACACAUGGGCAAUGGUUCUGUGAUGCCAAUUCAGCACGUUGGGCCUCAGGCUGCGAUGCAACCGACUACGAGCACGAGCAAUCUGCCCCCUCCACCGGCACAUGCCUCGGAACCGGAUGCAAUCCUGUGGGAAAACAUCAUGGGCACCUCGCACUGGAACUUGGACGCUCUCAUCAACGACAAGGACUUGCUCGAUGCACUUGGCACCUUGCCUUUAUACCCUGGAGAUCAGCCAUGA